UGAGCACUAUAUAUACCCACCCCUCUCUUUUCCUCUAGCAGCAGCUGCAGGAAAAUUAAUGCCCCUUUCAUUUUCUCUGCAUCUGUAGUAUCUAUCACCAAUCAAUUCCACUCUUCUUCCCAUCAAACAACAAAAAAUCAAUCUGGGAAACAAAAACAAAAUGCCGUCAUUAGAGGAGGAACUCUUCCCAUCAACCCCAGGAAAGUUCAAGAUCGAGCGGUCCCACCACAUGAACCGCCAACUCUAUCGCUGUUUCGCCUCCACCAGCACCAUGUUCCUGUGGGCCCUCUUCUUAAUCGCCCUCACCGCUUCCUAUCUCAGCUUCCAAGGCUUCGUCGAUUCCGGCAGCCGCUACCUCACCGCCUCCUGGGGCGGGAUCCAGUGGGAGAAGCAGGUCCGCACCUCCGCCCAGAUCCACCGUCAAGGCGGCAUGUCCGUCCUCGUCACCGGCGCAGCCGGCUUCGUCGGCUCCCACGUCUCCCUCGCCUUAAAACGACGCGGAGACGGCGUCGUCGGACUCGACAACUUCAACGACUACUACGAUCCGUCCCUCAAAAAAGCCCGCAAGUCCCUCCUCGCCACGCACGACGUCUUCAUCGUCGAAGGCGAUGUCAACGACGCGAAACUCUUGGCGAAGCUCUUCGAUGUGGUUGCUUUCACUCACGUGAUGCACCUCGCGGCGCAGGCUGGGGUUCGCUACGCCAUGGAGAAUCCCCACUCGUACGUCCACAGCAACAUCGCGGGCCUCGUCACGCUUCUCGAGGCCUGCAAAACCGCGAACCCUCAGCCCGCUAUCGUCUGGGCCUCGUCCAGCUCCGUCUACGGGCUCAACGAGAAGGUUCCCUUUUCCGAAUCGGACCAGACCGACCAGCCCGCUAGUCUCUACGCCGCAACGAAAAAGGCCGGUGAGGAAAUCACUCACACCUACAAUCACAUCUACGGUUUAUCCAUCACCGGUUUGAGAUUCUUCACCGUGUACGGACCCUGGGGGAGACCCGACAUGGCUUAUUUCUCUUUCACCAGGAACAUCUUACAAGGGAAACCUAUUACCGUUUACCGCGGUAAAAACCAUGUCGACCUGGCUAGGGAUUUCACCUACAUUGAUGAUAUUGUGAAGGGUUGCGUCGGGUCGUUGGAUACUUCGGCUAAGAGUACCGGGUCGGGUGGGAAGAAGCGUGGACCCGCUCCGUAUAGAAUAUUUAACCUGGGGAAUACUUCGCCGGUUACUGUUCCUACUCUUGUGAGUAUAUUGGAGCGGCAUUUGAAGGUGAAGGCGAAGAGGAAUAUUGUGGACAUGCCUGGAAACGGUGACGUUCCGUUUACUCACGCGAAUAUUAGUUCGGCCCGGAGAGAGCUCGGGUACAAGCCCACGACCGAUUUGCAAACCGGGUUGAAGAAGUUCGUCAAGUGGUAUCUUUCCUAUUACGGCUACAAUCACGGCAAACCUGUAAAUUAAUAAAUUUUGUUUUGUUUCCUUUUUAUUCGGGAAGGGUUUUUUUUUUCUUUUUCUUUUUUAGUGUGGUAGGUUUUAAGUCACAGAUAGAAAAAAAGAAGAAGAAAGAACCUGGUCAAGAAGAAGAAGGGAAACUGGAUUAAAAGGAAGAAAGAAAAGAGGGGGAAAAAAAGAGAAAAGAAGAGAAGGAGAAGAUUUACAUUCUUUACUUGGGAGGCCAGCUAAAACAGCUGUUGUUCCUUCGUUGAUUUCUUUUCUUUUUUGGUAUUAAUUGGUGUUUUUUGUAUUUUAUUUUUUACAUUUUCUUAUUCUGUAAAGAAAGAAAGUUCGAGUUCAACCUCGAUUUAUUUAGUUGUUGUUUAUAUUUAAAUUUAAA